CACACUAAUAAUACCCAUCCCACCAUUAACUCACCCUGUUACGCCCUUUUGUCGACUUCAAAAAAGCCUUGAAACGGUGGAGAUGUGGACGUGGAGGUGGUAAUGGCGCCGUGUGUUGGGCAGCAGAGUUAAAUAGUAGUUUACACGAAUGUUUGCAGUGUAGGGCUACGGCGGCAAAGGAACAUUGGAGACAGUAUCAGGACAGAAGCAGCAGCAGCAGCAUGGUGGGACGGCGGGGCAGACCGCCCAAGAGGAAGGUGGAGGAGUUGCAGGAAGAGCACGAUGGAAAAUCAAAAUGUGCCAAGGAGGCCAAGAUUGAGGCCAUCUCCCUGGACGCCUCAGAACCGGCACACAUCACUGUGCUGGCCCUCACCUCGGACGUCUGGCGGCACCACCGUGACUCUGAGGAGUGGAGUGAAGACCAACCCUCAAGUGUGUCUGUAGCCGAGAAGGGGAAAGGAGACACUCGAAGCCAAGGCAUGUGCUGGAGGGGCAACCCAGACAUCCCUCCCUCACAGGUGGUUUUGAGCUGCAGAAGAGUGGCCAGUGGUGAGGCGUUUGACUGUGAGACUCAGACCUUCCACUUCAGCCACGUAUCCACCAGCAAAGUGGUGGUGGUGCCGGACUCAGACACCCCCGAGACCAUCAAGGUGGAGAUAGACACAGAUCAGCAGGAGGAGUUUGUGAGUCAUCCGCUGGUGUGCUGCGUGAAAGGCUGUGACACAAGCUCUGAUGUUGACACCACCUCCACCUUCUACACUGUCCCAAAGGGAAGGGAAAAGGCACUAUGGAAUGAAACUCUGGACAUUGUACCUUGUGAAGGUGAUUUAAGACAGCACGUUUGCAGUAAACACUUCAUCACUCCUGCCAAGCUGCUCACUGGAAAGGGAAGAGUAAGAAAAAAGAAGACCUGUGACAUGCUGGUUGCAGAGGAAGCAGAGAAAAUUAGACAAGGUUUGUCCUCUGGCAGGCCGAAGAGAACUCCAAAACCUAACAAGAACUAUGACUGGGCUGAAAUAGUUCCGUUGAUCAAGGCAGAACCUGAUGAACUGGAGAAUGAGCUGUUCCAGAGCACCACUUUGGAGAAAACAGGAAGCACAGCAGUAACUCCCAGGAAGCACUUGUCUUUCAAGGAGGACAAGGAAAACAAAAAGCCGUUUUCAGACACUGAGAGGGAAAACCUGAGGAUGAAUACUGAGGAAGAGGAAAAUCUGGAGGACGAGGAGGAUGACUUGGAGAACAUCAGUCUACCCAGUCACCCUCGCCCUCCUCCACCCAAACCCAAAGGCCGUCCACACAGGAUAAGAGACUCAGGCACCCAAACAGAAAGUGUGUACAGGAUGCCUGGGCCGCGACAACCAUUGCGGGAGGUGAAGGUGCAGUGCAACAUCAACUCUGAGGCUCCCAGUCCCUGCUCCAGCUGCUCCUAUGUCAACUGGCUCAGGCUGGAGGAGCUGCUGGUGGACUGUGCCAGCAGGCUGGAGGGGGAGUUGUGUGUGCCAGCAGUCCAGGAGUGCCUGAGGAAGGUGGUGGACAGUGUGCCUCACCCAACACAUGCCACCAAUGUAUUGAAGCUGCUCAGCGGGGAUGACAGGGAUGCCUUGGAGAACACUAGUGAUAUUAUUCUUGUACCAAGCCAAGAGGAUGAGGUGGAGAUUGAGAACGUCAUACACGCCACUGUGGAGGAGCCGAUCACGGGGAUGAGGGAAAUUACUCCAAAGACAUGGGAGAAGAAGGCCAAGUGGAAAAAGGCCCUGACACCUGUUAACUAUGUCAAUAAGGAGGAGGAAGAGGAGGAUCUGGAUGGCCUUGGGAUCCAGGAAGCCACUGAGAUGGAUGAUGAUGAGUUCCAACCCAGCUACCUUGAAGGGGAGGAAACAGAGGAGGAUGAGCAGGCCUUGGAUGACGAGGACUGGACUAUUAGUAAAUCAGAUAGAGACUCCAGAUCUACUCCUAAAAAGAAACCAAAGAAGACUCCACCACAACCCAAAGUUAAGAAAGAACAGACGGUGUCAGCUGGAGAGGCGGCCAGGGCAGGUGAGGACGGCGGCACUGCGGUCGAGGACGACUCCACCACCGCUAGGGUGCCGGACACAUCACAGGGACGGCGGCGGCGCAAGGAGGGUGACACCCGCUGGAUCAGGAAGACUCACUCCUGCAAUAUUUGUGGUUUAGUGUUCAGCACUCAGAAGAAAUUUGACCAACACUUCAACCACAUGCACCUUGGCAUUGCCCCCUGGCACGGGGAGCAUACCUGUGAUGACUGUGGCAAAGUGUUCACGCAGAAGAUAAGUCUCAACGUGCACCGCAUGUUCAAGCAUGGUGCCCCACGGCGCUACCAGUGCUCCCAGUGUGUGUACGAGGCACCCACCAAGGAGUACCUCAAGCGCCACAUGAAGGUGCACACCAACGAGCGGCAGUUUGUGUGUCCGCACUGCCACAAGGGACUCAAGACGGCUGAGUCUUACCGCAACCACCUGGUCAUCCACACCAACAAGGGCCGCUUUGUCUGUCAGGUGUGCCAGAAGGCAUAUAACCACAAGGGUGCCUACCAGGACCACAUACGAACCCACUGUGAAUUCCGGGACUAUGCCUGUGACUACUGCGGCGCGGCCUUCAAAGCUUACAAGCACGUGGCGCGGCACAUCAGGGCUGUCCACCUCAACGACAAGCGGUUUAUUUGUGACGUGUGUGGCGCCCAACACAUGACAGGCUUUAAUCUCAAGGCUCAUGUGAAGAAGCAUGGAGACUUGUCCUCUCUCUCCUAUGCCUACCAGUGCUCUAUGUGUGAGGCAAAGUUUAGAGGACCUGAUGGCCGGGCUGUGCACAUGAAGGUUGUCCACACUACGCCUUCCACCCCGGCUAAUCCAAAGAACCCAGAAGCAGUGGAAAGUGGGAACAAAGGGAGUGAGGCAGGAAGACUGGUGUCACCUCAUCCUACUCGUCGUCCAGUUCAUUUCCAUUAUUCCAAACUUUCGAGGGAGGAUAAGGCUCAUGGGGCUACAGGAGAUAGUGGGAGGGAGAGUGAGUCGUGGGGUACGAUCUACCUAGAUAAGUCAGUUGAUUUCAGUCCAUUUGAUGGUAGGGAGGAUGAGGCAGUGGUGUAUGAAGUGUACAGUGGAGGAGAAGAGGAGGAGCUAGAGGAGCAGUUUGACAAGAUGAAGGAGGAAAAGUUGCUUGCGUCGCAGGAAGUGGGCUCCUCUACAGCAGGCAGCAAUGACCGAGUGAUACACGUCUAUCCUUGCAGUGCCUGUCACAUCAUGUUCACUUCAAGGAGUGUGAUGGAGCAACAUUACGAGUCAUGUCAGCAGCGCCAAAUGGUCAUUAAGGAGGAACCUGUCACUGUGGACCAAACCAGUGAUUAAAUCUCUCUUAUUUUCAUAUCCAUUCACACACAAGACUCAGAACUAAAUAGGAAGGAUGGCCUCUGUCAUGUGACUGGGCCAAGAAGGAUCAUCUUUAUUAACUUGUUAUCAUCAUUGUCUUUAUUAUUUCGUGUUAUAAGGCGAAAAUCAUCUGUGUAGGAGUACAGCAUAGAAAUGAGUCAACACACAAACUUUUUCUUUGAUGAUAUUGAAGGAAUUUGUUGGGAGUAUUGAUGGUAUUAGUACAAUUUCACAAGUUUUAAAUUAAGCUUCCAUCAUAAUGCUCUACUGCUGAAAAAAAUAUAUAAUAGAUAAAAUAAAGGAUACAUGAAGUAAAAA